ACGCCGGAAAUACGCUAAAAAGCGGAAGCGGAAGUGACGAAAACCGGAAGAAACAGCAACGCGCCAAUUUUAUUUAUGCGUUAAGAUAGUUGCUGUUUGAAGACACAUGCAAGAGAUUAAACAUUUGGAAAAACUGCCGUGAAUGACAGUUUGCAGCAUGGCAGUGCCGUUUGUACAGGACUGGGACCUCGUUCAGACACUGGGUGAAGGAGCUUAUGGAGAAGUGAGACUGCUGGUAAACAGACAGACUGAAGAGGCAGUUGCAGUCAAAGUGAUUGACACCUCUCAAGCCAAAGAAUGUGCGGAGAAUGUCAAGAAGGAAGUCUGCGUACACAAGAUGCUGAACCACCAAAAUAUAGUCCGUUUUUUCGGCCAUCGCAAGGAAGGACCUACUGUGUACCUCUUUCUGGAGUACUGCACAGGAGGCGAGCUGUUCGACCGAAUUGAGCCUGACGUUGGAAUGGCUGCAAAAGAUGCUCACAUAUUUUUUCAGCAGCUCAUAGCCGCAGUGGAGUACCUCCACAGUAUGGGCAUCACUCAUAGAGACAUAAAGCCAGAAAACAUUUUGCUGGAUGACAAAGACAACCUCAAACUGACUGAUUUUGGCCUAGCAACCAUGUUUCGCUUCAAAGGACGAGAGCGACCACUGAACCGACUCUGCGGGACUCUUCCUUACGUUGCUCCUGAGCUGCUGAGCCAAACCGAGUACAAAGCUCAGCCAGCAGACAUCUGGGCUUGUGGAAUUGUGUUGACGGCAAUGCUGGCUGGAGAGUUGCCAUGGGACCAGCCCUCAGAAAUCUGUCAGGAAUAUUCGGAUUGGCUCCAGAAGAAAACAUACCUGCCUCCUUGGAAGAAAAUACAGCCAAUGCCUCUUUGUUUGUUGUCAAAGUUACUGCUAGCCAAACCAGAAGCACGCAUCACCAUUGCAGACAUUAAGAAAGACCGCUGGUUCACUCAAGGUGUGAAGCAGCCAUCAGGUUCCCUGAGCUCAGGUGCCAGUCAUCGCUUUCGAAACGAUGGUGCAGUCAUAUCUCGAGCUAACAGUGAUGACAAAAUGCAGUUCUCCAGCUCCCAGCCGGACCUGGCAGCAGGAGGCAGGGAAGCCACGCUGCUCAGCAGCCAGAUGGACGGUCAGGUCAGCUUCUCCCAGCCAACCAAACCUGAGCACAUGUUGCUGGGGAGUCAGCUGCUGGGGACACCGGGAGCCAGUCAGACACCAUGGCAGAGAUUAGUGCGCAGAUUGACACGUUUCUUCACCACUGUGAGUGCUGACGCCUCGCUGGCUUCCUUAAAAGAUGCCUGUGAGGGCCUCGCCCUUGGCUACAAACUCACUUGCACCAAACAGGUGACAGUGAGCACCCUGGACAAGCGCAAUAACAAACUCAUCUUCAAAGUUCAUUUGCUGGAAAUGAAUCACAGAGUGCUGUUAGACUUCAGACUGUCCAAGGGCGACGGUCUGGAGUUCAAGCGGCUCUUCGUGAAGAUAAAGCAGAAGCUGUGUGACAUCAUCAGCACGCAGAAGGUUUCACAUCCUGUCAUAUAACCUCUCUGGUGAAUAUAAACAAACAUAAACUGACACCGAGAAUGUGAACAUGUAUAUAUUUAGCUGUUCUUGUUAUGUUUUUAUUGUGUUCUCGUCAAGCCGUUUGCUUGUACUGUUUUUUGCGUGUGUGUUGUCAUUAAUUUAACACACUAUUAUUGAUCCAAUGUGCGUCAAGAUGUGACACCCCUUCUUAUGUCACUUAACAUAGUACUGAAAUAAAAGAUUCAAAAAGGA